AUUUCAUUCGACGAAAGGAGGCGCCGGAUUCAAACCUCGCUUAGCUAAGUGUUUUUUUUUAAGCAACCGAGAAACAUUCAGCCGUCAUUGAACAGAGGAAAAAACAUGAACGAUGAAACCCGCAGCUUAUUUGAGCGAGUUUCCCAAAAGAUGGGGUGGAUUGGUGACAAUGCACUGGACAUAGCAGAGAAGAAGCUGAUGAAUUCAGUUGGAAAGAAACGUCACAACAUCCCAAGUGGCUGUCCUGCUGUGAAUUGGUCAAUAUCCCCUGUCCAUCCUCGAUUUGACGACGACAAAGAGAACCAGGGCGACAAAUGUACAGGCAAGGUCUUAACGGAGUCCAGCGAUGACGAAUUUGACAAAUUUCUCGUGAGCCAGGCUACUCCAAAAUCUAAAGCUGCCUCAAAGAAACCACGCAGUGUUGUAAAGACCGUCAGUUCCAAUGUUGCUAUUGUGAAUUUGGAUGAUGACGGUGACACAUUUGACAAAAUCCUGGUGAGCCGGGCUACUCCAAAACCUAAAGCCGCCUCAAAGAAACCAUGCCAUGUUGUGAAGACCGACAGUUCCGAUGUUCGUACUGUGGAUUCGGAUGAUGACAGUGGCAAUUAUGACAAAUUCCUGGUGAGCCGAGCUACUCCAAAACCUAAAGCCGCCUCAAAGAAACCAUGCCAUGUUGUGAAGACAGACAGUUCCGAUGUUCGUACUGUGGAUUCGGAUGAUGACAGUGGCAAUUAUGACAAAUUUCUUGUGAGCCGGGCUACUCCGAAAGCUAAACCUACCUCAAAGAAACCAUGCAGCACUGUGAAGAAAGACAGUUCCAAUGUUCCCACUGUGAAUUCAGACGAUGACAGCGAUUUUGAAAAAUUCCUGCAACGUGUGAAAAUGCCAACGGCCACACCGAAAAAACUGUCAGAGAGUGAGGACAGCCUUAAAAAAUUCAUUGUGGAUGAUUACUCAUCAGAUGAUGACUUCAUAUUGACAAAAUCAUCAUGUAAAGGACCUAAGAAGAACAACACUCCAGCCACACUAGAUGCUUUCAAGAAACCUCUGUCCCUGUCUCAGUGUGGCCUCUCUGUUUUCAUUAGUGACAGUGAUGAUGAUGAGGACAAUAUUGUCAUCAAGAGCACUUGGAGGUCUCGCCACACAACGCCAUGUUCUCGACCUAAACCUGGCAGAAAUGCAAUGCUUCAUGACCAGAAGAACAGCCCACAGUCACCGUUUUUGCUCCCUGCACCCUCCUUCGUCUUUCCUCAGCCUUCCCGCCAUCCUGCAGCAUCUCCCAAGCAUACGCUUUUCAUUCCUUCCAAGCUGGAUGACUCAUCCAGUUCGGAAGAUGAGUUCAGAUCCCUACUUGAGAGACUUAAAAAGAACAACACAUCUACAGGCUCUUCGUGUUCUCCUAAGACGAAAAAAGAAUGCAGCCAGGACCCACCUGUGAAGGUACCCGCUAAACCGAGGAUUGCCAGAUCCUUAGGUGAAGAACCUCUUGACGCAAGGACUCCAGCGAAAAGCACCACCAUGACUGUCAGUCAAACAGAACCCAGACAGGGCCCCGUCAGCAGGUUAGCAGUGUGCAAAACCCCAGGUUGCUUCCUGGAGUCCCUGAUAAACCCUUGCUCCAGAUAUUGUCGUCAUUUUAAAAAACACAAGGAAGAGCUCACCAGCAAACUAUAUCAGAUGUACAACAGCAGCGUGUUUGACAAUAAACUCCCAGUCAAUAUGUCUGUGACUUGGAAUAAGAAGAUGCGUAAAACAGCAGGCUACUGCGUUACUGGGCAGGAGCAAAGAGACGGGAACCGAUACGCUCGCAUAGAACUCUCUGAGAAAGUCUGCGAUUCUGCAGAUCGCCUCAGAGACACACUGAUCCACGAGAUGUGCCACGCAGCAACCUGGCUGAUCAACGGCGUAAGGGACGGACACGGAGGCUUCUGGAAGCUGUAUGCUCGCAAGUCCAUCCUGGUGCACCCUGAGCUACCAAUGGUGACUCGCUGCCACAGCUAUGACAUCAAGUACAAGUUUAUGUACCAGUGCACUCGCUGUCAGAACAAGAUCGGCCGCCAUUCCAAGUCACUGGACACGCAGCGGUUUGUGUGUGCACUUUGCACUGGUCAGCUCAUCUUGCUCACGCCGUCAAAGCCUCGCCCUCCGACACCUUUUGCUAGCUUUGUCAAGGAAAACUACAAGACUGUACGCCAGGAGUUCACGGGUCAAAGUCAUGCAGAAGUCAUGCGAAAACUCAGUGCAGACUUUGCAUCAAAGAACAAGGUCAGUGAAAAUUGACAUUCUUGCCUAAAUAAUGGUGAUGUAAGUGGAACACCGCAACAGAACCACAGUAAGAAUAUAAUGGAUGUAUACAAUGGCCUAGUAAGUGAUCAGUUGUGUAUUUUAGGGUCAAUGUUUAGAUUCUGAGCCAAUCUAACUGUGGUGUUUUAUAAGGAGUUGACUUCUAGAUUAUCUUGUGUCCGGUUUUAUACAACUAAUAAAAGUUUUCAUGUUUAUGCAUCGAAACUGGUCAUUUUUUCCCUCCCACAAAUUGUAUGAAGUCUGCAACAACAAAGGUCAUCAUACUGCAAAAAGUCAGUGUUCGAAAA